AUGAAACUUCAAUAUUUUCUUCUCAUCGCGUUAUUCGCGAUUUUUAUAAUCCAAGUUCAAGCCACUGGACAUUACAACGAUUAUGAGGAUUGGGAACAUGAUUAUCCCGAUAAUUGUGAAGAAUUAUUCAAAAUCAAAAAUUGUAACAAAUGUCAAAAGCUUAUGUGGGAUCAUUUCGAAAAUCCUGGACAAUGUGCUACAGCUUUCAACGUGGGAAAAAAAAUUAUUAAGGCUAUCAAGGAUGCCAAUGAAACUCCAAAGCCUUACGAUCUUAAAUUCUUUGAGAAAGGUGUAACGAGUUACUGCCAUCAAGACUUCCAUUGUAAACAAGGUGAAGUUGAAAAAAUUUAUAAAAAGAUUGAAAAUGUUUGCUCAAAAGAAUUAUCAGUUAAGUUUGAUUGGAGUGCACAUCCUAAAACUUAUGAAGAUAAAACUGCAUAUGCUGCUUAUGGAACUUUACUCGUCUAUUAUACUGGAAUCCCCAGUCGAAAAGCACUCUGUUUAAAGAAUGACAAUGGCGAUCUCUGCAGUAUUAAAUUCACCAAGAAAUUUGUUAAAUGGAUGAAGAAGGUGACUAAAUCAGAUCCAGAAGCUAUUGUAAGCCAUGACUACCGAUUCAUUAUCAAAGGAAAUGGAAAGAAAAUCCGCAUACCAAAAUCGUUCCAAUGCGAUCCAUGCUGGAGAAAGAUGGCCAAGAUUUUCAUUGAAUACAUUGAAAAACAUAAAUUGAAGAAAUCUAUUGAAGAUAACCUUUGGGGAUCUGAACAUCACCACGAUGAUCUUCCACAUUGUAUUAAUAAGCGUGGGUUGGCUCACGUAUUUGAUGAAAGAAGUGAAUCGAAUGUUAACAAAC